GUUGGCAUCACGGGCUCAGUUGCCGUAUGAAGCAAGCUCUUCCGAUUGGACAGACUUUAUAUGAUAUAAAUAAAACAAAGAAAUUACUGAGAUGCUGAUAUAGGUGGUGAGGUGGCAAAGAUGCGGGUUUACCCAUGAAAUCGACAGUGGCGAUUUUAACGCGAGGGAAGGGUAUCGAAGCCUGGAGCAUUGAUUUUGAAAUCCAAAAAGAAAAGGAAAGAAAAGAAUAGAAAAGAACAGAUAAGAAAAGAAAAUGAAAAUGGAAGAGUAUGAGAAGAUGAUGAUGAACACCAACAAGGGCAAGGGAAUUGCAGUGCGGACAAGAGCUAACCAGAAUCACAGAGGCGAAGGUGAAGACGAUGGCAAGAUUACGAGUCCCUCUUUCCCCUCUGCCAAAUCCAGUCCUCGCAACGCUUCCUCCAAAUACGACUUCGUCAAGGUGAAGGUCUGGUUGGGUGAUAAUGCCGAUCACUAUUAUGUCUUAUCCAGAUUCUUACUUAGCAGGAUGUUAACUGUCACAAAGAUUCCAAACCAUGUAGCAAUUAAAAUCGCUCUGGAGCUCAAGAAGCUGCUCAUAGACAACAGCCUUCUGGAUGUCUCGCAGUCUGAUUUGGAAGCGAAUCUUUUUAAGCUUAUGGAGCGGCGAGGUUAUGGAGAAGAGUAUAUCAAUCGGUACAGGAUGAUGACCAGGUUUCACCAUCAAAGGGUUCCUUUGGUAAUUCUUGUUUGUGGAACUGCCUGUGUUGGGAAGUCUACAAUAGCUACACAACUUGCACAGAGGCUAAACUUGCCGAAUGUCUUACAGACAGAUAUGGUUUAUGAGUUGCUACGCACAUCAACUGAUGCGCCAUUGGCAUCUACUCCUGUAUGGGCACGAGAUUUCAGCUCCUCCGAGGAGUUAAUUACUGAAUUUUGUCGAGAAUGCAGGAUAGUUCGUAAAGGUUUGAAUGGGGAUCUAAAAAAAGCAAUGAAAGAUGGAAAGCCAAUUAUAAUUGAGGGAAUACAUUUGGAUCCAAGCAUUUAUUUAAUGGAAGAUGAGCAUAAAAUUCCAAUCAGUGUGCCUGAAGGACAUCAAGCGGCCCCACUGUCAAAAGCAUCAAAUGAUAAUUCUGCAGUGCAAAUGGAAAAUAAUUCCACAAGUGCAUUUGGAAGUCAUACUGAAGAUAGCCAAAAUCGUCCUGUGCAUUUGAGUUUGGAUGAAUGUGUGUCUGCUGACCAGGUGAAUAAAGUCUCGGAAUAUCUAGAGUCUAUUGCUCUAUCAACUGCUUCAGAUGAUAAAGGUGAAACUGUUAAGGUACCAGACGUAAAUAGAACUACUGCUAGAAAAGAAAAAUCUGGCUCUGAACCAAUAAUAAUACCAAUAGUUCUGAAUAUGGCUGAAUUUGAUCACAAGUGGAGCAUGGAGAUUAGUUUCCACUAUUCUUGUUGCGGGAAGAAGAUGCCAUUUGGUGGGAAGGCUAAUGCAUUACUAGAAGAGUGGAUCCUUACUCGGACAUUUAGUGGUAAUUGUCUAGUCAAGGAUACAAAUAGUUUAAUAACCAACUUGAAGACCAUUCAAGACUAUCUUUGCUCUUUCAAGUCGCAGGGUUUAACAGUUGUCAAUGUAUCAGCGACCACAUUUCCACAGACAUUGGAUUGGCUGCAUGCAUAUCUUCUUCAGUGCAUUGAGCAAGGCAUUUCAUCAGUGUCCAAUGAAAAUGGUAGGCGGUCAGCUGAAAAAUAGGUUACAUGCAGUUGUUUGCUUGAGCAAUCACAGAGCUGGGAUGAGAUGGAUGCUGAAAGCAACUCCUGGGAUAUUAAGCUACUGAACUUUAUAAGAUCCAAUUUCCAAAAUCAAAUUAAAGCAAGAUUCUUGCAAAUACUGGGCUGGAAUGCCUUGGGUAAUGGAGUACUGGAAAGGAUUUGUCUCCUAGAUAAGAAACUUUUUGCAGGCGAGCCAAUUCUCAAACCUCCUCUUCUUGCAAAGUCUGUACUAUACUGAUUCUACAUAAUUUAGGCGAUGAACGAAUUCAAAAUUUGGAGCUGGUUGGAUCCUGAAAAUUAUCAUCCUAGUUAGUUGAAUGUUGUAUUUAGAAAAGGAACUCAAAUAUAUUUGAAUUGGUUGUAUAAUGUGCUUAAACCGCAUAUUCAUACUUUUUUUAUGGCAUUUUUGGUUCAACAGACAAGGAUGCGAAUACUAUAUACUUAAUCAUAAUCAUGCUGAGUUGAUGACA